UCCAGUUCAACUUGAUUUAUAAAGUGCAAGGAUGUUCUGCUUCGGAGCGCUAUGUCAGGAACUUGCCAAAACAAGCUAGAAAUUGCAAGACAUGUAGAGAAAUCCUUCAUUGUUCUGUGCAUGAAAACAUAGGUACAUGGAAGAGUCCUUUAUGGCAUCUUCAGAAGAUGAAAGAGUUGGGUUUUGCGUUGUCACCGCUCCUUUUCUAAGAAACCAUGCACAUUUGUGCUGAAGGUUGCGAAAUUAACGAGAUCCCUCGGGUGAUGGCCGAGAUGAAGAAGAGCAAAGUUUUGCCUGAUAAUGAUAGUUACAGAAUGUGCAUUAGUUCAUUGGGGAUAGAAGGUGAUCUGGAUGGGGUGGAGAUAAUGCUGAGAGAGAUGGAGAGUCAACCCCACAUCGUCAUGGACUGGUGCACGUACGCCGUGGUAGCCGAGUUGUAUGAUAGAGAAUUUCUUCUAGAUAAGGCCACCGGUGCUCUUGAAAAGGCGAGGGUGAUUUUACAGAAGGAUAUUAGAAGAAAAAGACCCAAUUAUCUGCUAGAUUAUGGAGAUGUGAUAAAGUCGCUGGUGAAGCUUGGAGAGUUAGAUGAGGCUGUGAAGUUCAUGACUGAGUGGGAAGCAUCAGCUAAUUGGUGCGAUUUGGAUGGGAUUGGCAUCCCAUACACAAUUAUUGAAGAGUAUGUCAAAAAUGGUAAAUUACGAGAAGCAUUUAAUAAAAUUGAGGUGUGGGGUAGAAAAGGGAAGCCGGGCGUUGACAAACUUUCAGGCUUACUCUGCAAAGAAUAUCUUAAAGUGGGUAAUGUGAUCCAAGCAUUUAACUGCUUCUGGGUAACUGGUAACCAUUUUGAAGUUCACCUAGUGGUUCCGAUGUUGUUUUUCAAAUACCUAGAAGAAGAAUGUGGAUCAUUCUUUCCCUUGCGCUGCACUAGAUCAGUUCAACCUGCCACUGCAGGCGCCAUGUUCUUAGAAGUCAAUCCAACAACCCAUAUGGUGGAUCAUGAGAAUAUCAAGUCACUUGUGGAGUCGGGCAGGCUAAAUGAUGCCAGGAAGAUGGUGAUAGAGUGGGAAAGAUGUGAGAAUCGGCGUACUAGUGCUGAUCAUCUGAACAUUCUUAAGUUGAUCAUCGAGGGAUACUGUAAAAAGUGUUUCUUUAUGGAAGCAGAGGCAAUAGCCGAAGCUUGGACAAGAGAAAAAAGGAGUCAGGUUGCAGAGAUUUGGUUUGUGCUCGCUUCGCAUUACCAGCUACAUGGUAAAAUGGUGAGAGGGUUCGAGUGCAUGAGGAGGUGUUUUGAUUUAACACCUGGGCUCAAUGGCAAUUAUAGGACGAUGUUUCGGACGUUUGUAAAUGUCAUUGAGUAUUCAAGAGGGUAUUACUGGAAUUCUUCUCGUCUUGUAUGUAGUCGAUAAUAUACUCUCUCUCGAUCGGUAUGCGUUUGUUUUUCUGUCUUAGUUUUCAACCAUCAAAGAACAUGCAUGUGACUCGGAACAUAUAUAUGUUGUUUGAACUUGAAGGGUUGGUUGGUUGGUUGGUUUAUUAUGUCCGGUCCCCUGAUAUGUUGUUACUAAACCUCCUAUUUUAUCUACUGGUUUCAGUCUUUGGACCAAAAUUGAGUGGGUCCAUAGUCCCUACUCUCUAGUAUACAUGCACGGACAUUUUAAAAAAAAACACAAAAUGCUCGUUUCCAUUUAUUUAACACUCUUUAUUUUCACAUCCUCUCAAAAAAAACUACAUUCGUUUAUUUUAAAAUUGAGUAAAUUCCAUUAAAGGUCUCCCGUUAUA